GUAUGUGAUAUUGUAUAUUUAUUAUAUAUAUGUGUAUAUUAUUAUUAUUAUUAUUAUUAUUAUUAUAUAUAUGUACAGUACCUACUGAUCGUUAAGUUAUCGCUUAUCGAUACAAUGUAAUUACCGCGGCCGAUCUGGGCGAUUGUACGAUAUAUACCUUGUCAGUGUUCGUAAUAAAGUUGUGUCGCGAACUACUAUGAGAACAAAUCGCAUUUUUUAUUUAACACAUAUUUUACAUUGGCGACGAAGAUAAAAAAGAUGGCAUCAUAUUUAGGUAGUUUAGCACAGUUUAAUGUUGAUGUCGACAGCUGGAAAAUAUAUCAAGAGCAGUUGGAACAAUUUCUAGAAGUGAAUAAAAUCAAAAAUGAUUUAAGAAAAUCUGCAUUUUUGAGUUGCAUUGGUCAAGAUGCGUACAAAUUAUUACGUGAUUUGUGCACACCACAGUUACCAAAAGAAAAAAGUUUUGAAGAAUUGUGUGCGUUGAUGGAAAAUCAUUUUACUCCAAAAAUAAACAUUUUCCGGGAGCGAAAUAAUUUUUAUGCGGCUAGUCAGCAGGACGGUGAAUCAAUUGCGGAUUACACUGCUAGACUUAGAAAUCUAUCAACAAAUUGCAAUUUUGGUGACAAACUUGAAGGUAUUUUAAUCGAUAAAUUUGUUUUCGGAUUAAAAUCGGGAAGAAUUAAGGACAGGGUUUGCGAGGAAAAACCAACAUCUGAGACUACCUUUUCUCAAAUUGUUGAAAUCGCACUUGCAAAAGAAACUUAUCUUUUCAACGAAGCAGACCAAGUCAAUUGGAUCAAAAACAAAAAAGGGCAACAAUUUCGUCAAAAAUACAACACGUCGUCGGCGGAACACAAAAAUUUUGGUUCGAGGUAUGCGGUUCACGGAGACAAAGGUGCGAAAAAUACUGGUGUCAGCGGAGUGCAGAAACAUGGAUAUUUCCAAUCCAAAGGGAGUAACAAAAAUUCCAAGGGCAACAAUCAAGCAGUCAACACGGUACCAGAGAACAAUAUUUGUCGGGUUUGCGGUAAACGGCAUACGGGUAUUCAAAAUUGUAAAUAUAAAAAUUAUCGUUGUAAUCUUUGUGGUACGGUAGGACAUUUAGCUAAAAUGUGUAAUAAAUCUAAAAGUACAAAUUUUUUGAAUGUGGAGUCGGUAGACGACGGUACACAUGAGAGUUUAAUUUGUAACAUAGAAACGAACGGUUUAAAACCUAUUAUUUUGGACGUAAAAAUUAACAAUGUUAAGUUAAAGGCACAAUUAGAUUCGGGCUCGGGUUUAACAGUUAUUUCGGAAAAAACAUUCUAUGAAUUAUUUAAUAAAAAUACGAUUUUAAAAAAUGUUUUUAAAAAUGUUUGUGGUUAUACAGGUGAAAAAAUUAACAUUUUGGGUUUCUUUUUAGCCGAGAUUAGUUUUAAAGAUAGAGUUUGUGAACUUUUUAAAAUUUUUGUUGUUGAGAAGGGAGGUCCAAAUUUAUUAGGUAGAGAUUUUAUGGAAAAAUUUAGCAUAAAAUUAGCUAAUAUUAAUAUGUUAGAUUAUACUGAGCUUAAUUUUGAACAAUUAAAAAAUAAAUAUUCAAAAUUGUUUAAUAACGACUUAGGCGAAUAUGUCCACGAAAAAUUUAAGAUUAGAUUGAGGGACAAUGCUACGCCUAUAUUUUAUAAGCCAAGGCAAAUUCCUUUUGCAUUUAAAGAGCAGGUGGAAGAACAGUUAUGUAGAUUGGAUAAAUUAGGUGUAAUUUCCCAGGUAGAGUCGAGCGAGUGGGGAAGUCCGUUAGUACCAAUUUUAAAGAGUGAUGGAAAAAUUAGAUUAUGUGCGGAUUACAAAGUUACGGUAAAUAAGUUUGUUCAGGACGUAAAAUAUCCGUUACCAAGAAUCGAGGAAAUUUUUCAAAAAGUAAGCAAAGGUAAAGAGUUUAGCAAAAUUGAUCUUAGUGAAGCGUACAACCAAUUAGUUUUAGACGAAGAGUCUUCGAAAAUCUUAACGUGGAGCACCCACAAAGGACUUUUUAAGGUUCAUAGGUUGCCGUAUGGUGUCUCGCCGGCUAGUGCAAUAUUUCAAAAAUUAAUAGAACAACUUUUCCAAGGUCAUGAUUGUGUAGCUAAUUUUUUGGACGACAUUAUAAUUACUUGACAAAAUAGAGUAGAGCAUUUAAAU